UGUAGUCCCCUUUAAGGAAAUCGUCAUACUAUUACGCAUCUGCUUUCAUGUCAACGUUCGUCUUCCCUCACGAGGCUCUCAAACCAACCUCAUGCGCCAGAAUCCCUCUCAUCAUCAGCAGCAGCACCGCCCCGUCGACUCGCCCUCCCGAGCAGCGGAGCACCGCUGUGGCGGAGUCCUUGACGGGGACGAGCACCCGGGUAAACACGACAAAACACUGCUGUUUACAUGAAGGCAAGCUGAUUCUCGCCGUAAGGCUGCAACCAGGACAAACCAAGGACUGUGACGCGCCAGGCUGGCUGCAGCUGAGCUUUUCAUGCUGUGUUGACAGCGAGGAAGACAGAUCCAGCUGAAGAAGGAAAAAGGAAGGAGAGGACUGCUGACUCCAUGUCUUCACCUUCGAAUAAAAGAUCUGGCUCUGGAUCACGCAAGUACGGCACCUUUUGUCUCUCUUCAAAUCUUUCUAUCAGACUUGCAGCUGCGUUGGUGCUUCGCUGUAAUAUCUAACCCAUCUAGCUGCUGUUUAACGCUCUUAAUCACAGUAUGAUCUCUGCUGCAGUUUAACGACCUUUUGUGCUUCAAGUGCUUCGAUAAUCCUUUCUCUCUCUUUCCUCUGCUGCCGUCAUUACUACUGUACAUCCGCUAUUUAGCACUUUCAAUUUCUCUCUCUGCUGUCAAGACCUUUUCACCCUACAAGUGCCAGAUUGUAUAAAAACUUUCUAAGGGGCCAGUUUAAAAGAUUUCUAAGCACAUUAAUGUACUUGGAUAUUAAACACAUACUCACAAAUGUACACUAAUGUUCAUUAGUUUGGGAUCCGUAUGAUUAGUCUCUUAUGCAAGGCUGCAUUUAUUUCAUCAAUAUAUUGUAAUAUUGUGAACAAAAAUUAUAACAUUUUUAAAUAACUGAUUUCAAAAUGUAUUUAUCCUUCAGAAAUCAAUAUUUGUGCUUAAUGUUUUGGAAACUGUUAAAAAUUUUAAGCCACGCCUGUGUGCAACUCAUAUAUAGUAGUGGCGAUGCGUUUUAAUGGUAAUAUUGCAGUAGAGCCCAGCUCUGUGCGUCUGUCUCAUCUCUGUUUCCUCAGAUUCAACCUGCUGAAGGCCCUACAGCCUAAACACCACUUGCAGCAAAUGCUGUCGUCUCCCUCUGCGUCCCCUGUUUUUGACUAUUGCAGGUUUAUAGAGCUAGACUACACACCCAUGGAGUCAGGCAUUAUGGUCUCUAUGAGACAGAGCAGAGGAUUUCUGACACCAAAGUCCCCGGAACGCCACUGUCGACGGAGUCAAGCACCUGUCAGUAACCGUGAUCCCUAUGGAAAUGCCUCUCUCAGCAGCAGUAGCAAUUCAGGGUCAUGCAAGGGUAGUGAUGGAAGCCCAACCCAUAGGCGUCACAUAAAAUACACCUCCUGCAAUGAUAACCAUGGUAUCCGGCCCCCUCCACCUGAGCAAUACCUUACCCCACUGCAACAGAAAGAGGUGUGUAUCAGACACCUCAGAGCACGGCUCAAAGAAACCAUCGAAAGACUGCAGAACAGGGACACUGAGAUUGAUGAGUUGCGCACUCAGCUGUCUCGUAUGCAAGAGGAUUGGAUUGAAGAGGAGUGCCACCGCGUGGAGGCCCAGCUGGCUCUGAAGGAGGCUCGCAGGGAGAUCCAGCAGCUUAAGCAGGUUGUUGAUGUUGUCAGAUCCAGUCUGGGAGACACCGACACUGGAGUGCAAAAGUGCUUCCAAGACAUAAACCUCCAGAACCACAAGCUGGAGUCUUUAUUGCAGAGCAUGGAGCUGGCUCAGAUCGGGACCCCCAAAACAGGAGAAACACUGGCAGGUGGAGGGGUGGUGGGGGCAGGGCUGGAGGUCAGCGAGGGCCUGGUGGAGUCUUCCGAAGGCUCCCCAGCUCGCUCGCUUACCCGCAGCUCUACCUACACCAAGCUAAGUGACCAGACUGGCCAGGAACAUGGGGGUAAUGAAAAUGGGUGUGACAUUCCAUGUUUGUCAGGUGAGGGCACGCAGGACAGCGGGUUUGUUUGUUGUGGAGAAAGUGGAAGAGGAGCAAGCAGGGCAGACCUGCUCCUGGAGGCUGCGUUUUUGUCUCAAGAAACAGCCUCGCUGCUCAAUGCGUACUCCCGCCUGCCACACUCCUCCACCUACGAGGCACUGAGUAUCAGCGAGCCGAGAGCUGUGCCACUCCACUGCAGUGGGAUCGGGAUGGGGACCACUGUUAGUGCUAGUCAUCCAUGUUUGUCACAUCAUCACCUAUACCUGCAUCACCUACGUGAGCAAGGCAUUCAAACGGACUACGACCAUGCACCUGCUUCGGCCCCUGCCCAUGGUCCCAGUACAUCCUUUAACUGUGAUCUGGACACUAUUGCUGAGCGCACCUUCCGCUCCCAGGCAUGCAGUCCAACCUCUACCUGGAUGUCUGAUGAGGGAGAUGAUCUGGAGUCGGUAGCCACAGAAUCAGCCAUUACGGCAACAGUUGCCACAGCUUCUGCUGUCACAGACUUUUCCAACAAGUCUGCACCAGCUGUUUCAAUGGAGCCUUGGGCACCAAAUGCGUCUGUUACAAAAGGACCUGAAAAUCUAGUGUUGGAGUCCUCUGUCAAGGAGACAACGGUUCCAGAGCUCCUUACAGUCUUACCAACCACCACAACAGCUUUGACCACAGAGACCAUUGGAUCCCAAGUAACCAACUCUGUUCAACCUCAACCUGUAACAGACCCUUUGCCAAACCCUUGCAACUCCCCUUGCUCCAUGCAGCCAUUGAUUGAGACUGAAGGAGAGCCCCUUCCACAGACCACUCAGCCUCGAGGUAUACUAACAGACGCUGGGGAUGAAGGGGAUCAUGUCAUAAAUAUAGGUGAAGAAGAUGAAGAUGAGGUUGACGAGAGUGCUACGAACACAGAGUCCAAGUCGUCUGGCUGUGGUUUACCGGUAAAGAACUACUGGAGCCGGCACUUCCUGGUGGAUUUGCUUGCAGUGGUCGUGCCAGUGGUCCCCACAGUGGCGUGGCUCUGUCGGGGUCCACACCGCGUUGGUCAGCCAAUGUACCAUAUUGGUUCUCUCAUGCGAGGUUGCUGCACCGUGGCGCUCCAUUCCCUGCGUCGAGGAGGAGGCCUUCGCCACUACCCCGCAGGAGGAGGUGGUUCAGGGGGAAUGAGUAUAUAAGACCAGCUCUUCUCUCUGGAGAAGCAUUGAAGCCAGUGAUAUCACUGUUCUUCUGUCAUGUGCAAUUAGGGAAUGGUUAACACAUGUUAAAUGAAUUGAGGCAACAAGGAUAGUGUCUGAGCACAGCACCUUAAUGCUGUGGUUCUCUAUGGUCUAUAUCCAAGACAAGAUAAGAAUGAGGAAGGGGAAUCACUAGCAUGUAUUUACACCUACAAAUGAGAUGCUCAUAAAGUUCAGGACUUCAAAUGAGCUUUCACCUUUUUCCACAACUACUACCCUGAGUAAAGAGGCGAGAUGAUGUGUUCUGAAUGAUGGACUGACAUGAUGACAUUAACUUUGUGACUGACACUAAAAGAACCCCUUUAAUAUGAUUGUAUUCCCCCUAUUUAGGGACACAAUAAGUGAUGGGAAGAAACUUUUGUGCAUCCCUCUUACCGUCACCGUAGAGGGUGUGUGUCAUAUAUGUUUGCAUUGAUUUUUCUGAGUGAGUGUUGUGUUAAUGUACAGUGCAGCCAAAGCACCUGGAUUACUAAUGGCCAUCAUUGUUGUAGCCGUGAGUGCAGUAGUUAGCUGUCCCAUUACUUAUGUCUGUGUGGCAUAAGAGCAGAACAUCCUUUCCCCUUAAGGAGGCAGGUAAGCACCUGCUGAGCUAUUUAUAUGUUUAGCAUAUACCACUAGUGUCCUAGAUAAAUCCUAACACAAAAUGAUGAUAGUCCAUCUGGAGGCUUUUAGACAAUAUAUUCUUUAUUCUAGACUCAAUUAUGUGGGAAAGUUUAACGGUUCAGAAAUGCACUUGUAUAGUUGAAUGCGUAUUUAGGGAAAGGGUGAUGCAUUAAGUAAUAAUAUGAACAGCAAGAAAGAUUCAGCGUUUAGACAAUGAUCAGGGUUAAAUGACUUUAAUAGGUUCAUGGGAGCUUUUUCACCAGAAAUGAAUUUUAUGAUUUUGUUUCACUGUGUGACCAUCAAAAGCCUGUCAUAGCCAGAUGUUUUUGGAUGAAAUGCUAAUCUUUAACAAUAGGUGUAAUUGUCAUGUUCACUUGUUAGUCUAUAUACAAUAUAAUUACAGCCUGAUGUGUUUGGCAAAAGCUGGCAUGAGAGUUACUAAAUGCUAAACAAGGAAAUAGCUGAACUUAAUUUAGUAUUACACCCUGCUUAACAAGACUAUUAGGACUAAUGUUAUUAAAUGUUAGCUAAUAUGUUAUUUCUGAAAUACUAUGUAACAUAAUUCCACUGAAAAGCUAAAAGAAAGAAUAAAAAAUGUUGUAUUGGUUAAAAAGUGGAAUAUACAAAUUGAUGAACUAAGUUUAAAAUUUAAAACAGUGAAAGUAAAUUAAAUAUUUACUGCAUGCAAACAAAUUUGAAUUUAGAAUUCUCUGCUUUCAGCUUUUUCCAAGCAUUUGGCAAUGACUUCAUGUACCCUGUGAUGUUCAUGUUGACCAUUUAUUUGCCUGACACUUAGGUGACAGGUAACAUUUAAUGAAACAUCGAUUGCACUAUAAUUCACUUUAUAAGCAAUUACUUGAAUUAUACUUGAUUGUGAGUUUCUGUCUGUCCAAAGGUCAGUGCAUACAUGUGGAUUUGUGGUUCAAGGUUAGAUUUCACCAACACCACCAUUAAAAA